CGCGUCUGCCCACCGGUGACCUGAUUUCCCCUCCAGCCCUCCCGGCGGUCCGGACCGCGCGGCGGCGGCGGCGGCCCAGCGCAGGCAAACCCAGCUCCGCCAGGGGCGCAGAGAGGAAAUGGCCUCCGGGCCGCGCGUCCCGCCGCCGCCGCCGCCCCGGGGAGCCGGGCUGGCCCCCUGCGCCCCCGCCCCGGCCGGCGCCCUGCCGCGGCCGCCACUGCCAGCUCGCUGCCCCUACUCCGCGCCGCACGCACACGCCACCCGGCUGGCCGCCUCCGCACCUGCUUCGCAGGUUCGGGCGCCCCCCGCCCCCUCCCCCCAGUGCCGGCCGGGCCCGCCACCCAGGUGCCCUCCCGGGGCGGCAACGUUGGGUGACUUUGGUGGCCUCGCCUCCACCCACCCGGCUGCGUGCGCGCAGAGGUUCAGGCUGGGGCGUCAUUCCUCUGCUGCUGGUGAGCAUCCCAAGGAAAGGAGUGAGAAGCCACCCCACUUGCCGACGGCAUUAACAACCGCAACUGUCAAGAAUUGGGAAACUGCCCCUGUGCGUGGAUACACAGUGUUUCAGGGCGCUGCGCGCGCGCGAGAGAGAGCCGCAGACCCCACGGCACCCUGGAGAGAGGGAGGGGCCUCUCAGGUCAGACUCCGCGGACCCAACUUCCCGUUGGUCCUUGGCGAUAAAUCCAUGCUUUAUUCUUCAUUGGUAAUAAGGCUCCACCACAGUUUUGUAGCUGGAGAAAAGUUGUCCUUUGCGGGGAAGUUCCUGGGCUUUGCUCCAGUGCUGCCCUGAGAUGUUUUGGUUGGUUUGGAGGAAAGCUGUGGAGUCUGCACCAUUUGUUCCAAACAGGCAGCCCCCUGGUGGCUAACUGUGGGUGAAAAAACUGGUCACUGAGAAAAAAAGCCUGGCUCUGAAGGCCACAAGCAGUUAAAGCCGGGGCUUCUCAGGGCCCCAGCGCCCGGAAUCUCAGACAGGAGCAACUCUGGAACCAGAGGAGAUGAUGGGCGGGGGGAGAGUAAGCCAGCCUUUCUUUACCAACAUGAAUAAUAGGCCCUAAUGCCUGCUGAAAAUUUUUUUUUCUCUUCCUGAGUAUAACUUGGAGCAAAUUUCUUCUUAAGAAGGAAGCAUCAUACAGAGAAUGAAGUCUAACAAAAACUAUUGGUUGUCUUUAUUCAAAUGGCUGUUUUUUUUUUCUGAUCUUAUUUUGCCUGGAAGCUUCUGAAAUAAAAAGUAGAUUAAAACAAAUAAAUGGCAGUAUUCAAACAAGUUCACAAGACUAUGAUUGUAACAAUGUUAUGUAAUAAUGGGGGAGCACAAGUUUAAUGCAAUGUUAUUGAAACAGCAUUGAUGCAAUGUUAUUGAAAUAACAUGAACUUCUCAGAUUCCCUUGGCAUUGGUCUUCUGCGGGCAGUGUUACAGGCUGCAUGAUGGUAAAAAAAGGGUUACCAACAGAACAAGACAUUUAUGUAUCUGGUUUUACCCAAGGGGGUAUGACAGAAGAGAAUUUUACAGGGACUUAAUUGAAGGCAGAAAAUAAUCUUCAAACCUUAGAGCAUAUGGUCUUCUGUUCCGAUCUAGCUGAUUUGAGAAGGCACAUCAUAGCUGAUUCAUGACUCAUGCCCACAUUCCAUCACAGCCAUUGUCAUUGCCAGGGUCUGUAAAUUUCAAGCUGAUGACUUGUUUCAAGGAAGAAAUUUAUCCAUAUAUUCAUUAGUUCAUAAACUGCUGGGGUAAAAAGAUGAUUAAACAUAGGAUCCAACAGGACUGCAACUGUACAAAACCCUACA